CCCCCGCGUCCCCAAGGAGGAAGAAGCCUUCGUCCGAUCCUGCGAAGAGGGGAGGAUCGCCACACAUCAGCGAUGCUUCCAAGAAAAAGCACGGUGCUUGCCGGCGUCGCUGUAUUUAAGUUUAAACAAUUAUAUAGAAAAACGGGCUAUUAUUUACAACAGUAAAUAGUAUAUAGAUUGUGAAAAUGUAUGUUUAUGAAGAAUUUUAAUGAAUCUUAUAUUGUACUCCCUCUAUUCACUGUUAUAAGAUGUUCUAACUUUUUUCUAAAUUGAAUGUAUGUAUGUAUAGACGUGUUUUAGUGUGUUUGUUUACUCAUUUCAGUGUGCAUGUAGUCCAUAUUAAAAAUAUCCAAAACAUCCUAUAAUAGUGAACAGAGGGAGUAGAUGCUAUAUUGAAUCUAGAAUAAGUUUGACUUAGGAAAAAAAAGAACUUCACAUAAUUUUGAACAGAUGAAGUACUCAAAGUGACCAAUCAUGCACUAUCCCAACCAGCCUCCAUAAUUUGGGCCCAUAAUUUCAGCACUAUUUUGUAUGCAGCCUGGAACUUUUUCAAAUGCAUGGAGUGACCAAUUCAUAUUUUUAUAUGGUAGUGUGGUCCCAAUUUCUUCUAAAAAAAGGUGAAGUCCCUAUUCUACUGAUUUUUGUUUUUUUGGGGUUUAAUUCUACUAAUUUUUGUUCGAGUCUAGAACACCCUACUCUACUGAUGGGCCAGAGUACAGUCCACCAGAGUCUCAGGGCCAGAGCCCACAGCCCGCAGGGCAGCCCACACCACCAUGUCCUCUCUUCCCCACAGUUUCCCCGCUUCCCUCCUCUCCACUCCCCCUCGCCGCGCCGUCACCGUCCGCCGCCUCCCCUCCUCCCCAUGGACACCCCGCCGUCCACCUCCGCCUCGGCCGCAACCGCGUCCGACCCGGACGCGGCGCUCGUCGCGGCCGUGGCGGACGCGCUCGUAUCGGCGUCCCGCCUGCCCGCCCCGGUGCCCAUGCCCACCCUCCUGGCCGCCUACCUCCCGCGCCUCACCGCCUCCCACCACCCGCGCGUGCUCGCCGUCGCGGCCUCCAACCCGGCGCUCGCCUCGCCGGAGUCGCUCCUCGCCUACCGCAGCUUCCUCUCGCCGCCCUCCUGCCUGCCCUCCCUCCUCCCGCUCCUCCCCGUCCUCCCCUACCGCCACCUCUUCCCGCUGCUCCUCUCCUUCGUCCCGCUCGACCCGCUCCGCCACCUCCACCGGCACCUCCUCGGCCACCUCCCCUCGACCCCUCUCGCCGACGCCGCGCUCUGCGCCUACUCCCGCCUCCGCCUCCCCCACCUCGCCGCCCAGCUCCUCCACUCCCUCCGCCGCCGCAUCCGCGUCCGCCCCUCCCUCCAGGCCGCCAACGCCGUCCUCUCCGCGCUCGCGCGCAGCCCCUCCACCUCCCCGCAGGCCUCCCUGGACGCCUUCCGCUCCCUCAUCGCGCUCCGCCUCCACCCCAACCACUACACCUUCAACCUCCUCGUGCACACCCACUGCUCCAAGGGCACCCUCGCCGACGCCCUCGCCACGCUCUCCACCAUGCAAGGGUUCGGCCUCUCCCCCGACGCCGUCACCUACAACACGCUCCUCCACGCGCACUGCCGGAAAGGCAUGCUCGGUGAGGCGAGGACUCUGCUGGCGAGAAUGAAGAAAGAGGGGAUCACGCCCACGCGGCCGACGUACAAUACCCUUGUGUCGGCUUACGCGAAGCUGGGGUGGAUUAAGCAGGCGACCAAGGUCUUGGAGGCCAUGACGGCCAACGGGCUGGAGCCUGACCUGUGGACGUACAAUGUGCUUAUCGCUGGGCUGUGCCAGGCAGAGAAGGUGGAUGAGGCGUUUAGGCUGAAGGAUGAGAUGGAGCGGCUCGGCACUUUGUUGCCUGAUGUAGUGACCUACAAUACACUCGCUGAUGCGUGCUUUAAGUGGAGGUGUUCGUCUGAUGCACUGAGGCUGCUCGAGGAAAUGCGUGAGAAGGGGGUGAAGCCGACUUUGGUCACACAUAACAUUGUUAUCAAGGGGCUUUGCAAGGAUGGGGAAUUGGAGGAGGCGUUGGGGUGUUUCAAGAAGAUGGCAGAUGAAGGUUUAGCACCAGAUGUGAUCACGUAUAAUACGUUGAUUGAUGCAUACUGCAAGGCUGGCAAUGUCGCCAAAGCAUUUGCACUAAUGGAUGAGAUGGUCGGUAGGGGACUCAAAUUGGACACCUUCACGCUUAAUACCGUGCUAUAUAAUCUGUGCAAGGAGAAGCGUUAUGAAGAGGCUCAAGGGCUGCUACAAUCUCCAUCCCAAAGGGGUUUUGUGCCCGAUGAAGUCAGCUAUGGCACAGUGAUGGCAGCCUACUUCAACGAGUAUAAUCCGGAGCCUGCUCUGCGUCUGUGGGAUGAGAUGAUUCAGAGGAAGUUGACACCAACUAUUUCGACUUACAACACAUUGAUCAAGGGGCUUGGCAGAAUGGGGAGGUUGAAAGAGGCGAUUGAUAAGUUGAAUGAGCUCAUGGAGAAGGGGUUGGUACCAGAUGACACCACGUACAAUAUCGUCAUCCAUGCCUACUGCAAGGAAGGGGACUUGGAGAAUGCCUUCCAGUUCCACAACAAGAUGGUGGAAAAUUCCUUUAAGCCAGAUGUUGUUACUUGCAACACUUUGAUGAAUGGACUGUGUCUGCAGGGGAAGCUUGACAAAGCAAUGAAGCUCUUUGACUCAUGGGUAGAGAAAGGGAAGAAGGUUGAUGUUAUCACAUAUAACACCCUAAUACAUGCUAUGUGCAAAAAUGGGGAUGUUGAUGCUGCUUUGCAUUUUCUCGCUGAUAUGGAGGUCAGAGGAUUGCAGCCUGACGCGUUUACCUACAAUGUUGUGUUAUCUGCACUAUCUGAAGCAGGGAGACCAGAAGAAGCGCAUAGUAUGCUGCAUAAGUUAUCUGAGAGUGGAAAAUUGUCUCAAAGCUUUUCUUCUCCCCUCUUGAAGCCUUCUUCUGUAGAUGAAACAGAGUCAGGGAAGGAUCACGAGGGUAAUACUGAGGAAGAAACUGGUGGAAAUCCACAAGAUAGUGCUCUGGAGGCCUACACAAAACGCGUAAAUGAGCUAUGCACCGGUGGGCAAUUCAAAGAAGCUAAGGCCAUUUUGGAUGAGAUGAUGCAAAAGGGAAUGUCUGUUGACAGUUCAACGUAUAUAACUUUGAUGGAAGGGCUUAUCAAGAGGCAGAAAAGGCAAACACAUGCAGCUGGGUAGUACAUACCAUUGAUCUUUGCUGCUCUUUGAUGUGGCAUCAGCCGGAGUUUAGUCAUAAAUCUGGUAAAUUUGAGUGCUUGAUAUCUCGGAGGAGUGUGAUGGGCAUAAAAGAAGCAGAAAGGAGCCAAGCAUAGGACACUGCUGUCUCCUUGCCCCCGCCGGCUUUGUUGGUCACGCACGGCCCACGCAGUGGACUAUGGGAAGGUAGAUACACAUACCUCUCAUCAGCUCAUUGUAAUUUUCAGUGGACUAUGACGGCCGUUCCACAGCUAAGUUUACUGCCACAUGGUCAGUAUUUUAAUUCACCUGUUCGGUGCGGUGUAUAUAUACAAGACUUCACAAAUGGACAAAUGAAUGCAGGUACUGCUUUUGUUUCUGUGUUCCGUGACCGAGUGACUGGUACUUCUGCAUUCUUUUUGUCAAUGCGAGUAGUGGCCACUACUAUACUGUGAUGUGACUUGGAAUUUGGAAGCUUCAGUCAACUUCUUAUGGCUUGAGACGGCCGGUAUUUUAUAUCGGGCCUACUCAUACUGUAUCGUCUUUGCUGAUCUUAUGGGCCUGUUCAUAAGAAAAAACAAGUGUUAAUUUGAUUCGCACUUUGGAAAGAAGCGUUCAGGUUCAUUUGAUACCUACAACGGAAGUUGAGAACUUGAGGCGAGGUGCUUCCUUACUUACUCGCCCUUGACCCGACUACGGAGGGAAGAGAUUCCAGGCGAAGAAUGUUGGCAUAUUGUUGAAACCAAGCGGCUAGUUAUAAGAUGCAAUAGUUGUAUGGAAAUAAAAUAUUGACUUUUGCUCCCAUUUUGAACGGAUACCACGCUAGGUAUAUGUGUUCAUCA